AUGCCCGCGCACCUGCGCUUACCGAAGAUGGACGACUUCCAGUUCUUCGAGGGCCGCGAGCGGCUCUACCAGCUCCACGCCGUCGAGGAGGCGCGCUUCGCCGACCUCCAGUCGACGCCGGAGAAGAAGGCCGCGCUCGCCGCGGACCACGCGGCGCUCCGCGGCGGCCUGCAGCUGCUCGACGCGAAGGACCAGAAGGAGAAGGAGACGCUCAUGACCCGGGGCUUCACGACGUGGACGAAGCAGCACUACACGCUCUUCCUCCGCGCGUCGGCGCGCCACGGCCGCGACGCCUACGACCGCAUCGCGGCGGAUCUGUACGGCAAGUCCCCGCGCAAGUCCGCGGCCGAGGUCGCGCGCUACGCGGCCGUCUUCUGGAAGCGGGGCGCGUCCGUCUUCGCGCCGUCGGACUGGGACCGCAUCUCGCGCGCCGUGGAGAAGGGCGAGAAGAAGCUCGAGGAGAUGGACGGGCUCAUGGCCGCGACGCGGAAGUUCGUCGAACUCUUCGCGCGCGACCCGUCGGACCUCCAGUUCCGCUUCGCGUCGACGGCCGCGGGCCUGCCCCAGUUCCCGGGCCUGCCGAGCCGCGCCGACGAGGAGCGCGUGCUUCUGCAGCUGGUCUGCGAGCACGGCUACGGCAACUGGCGCCGCAUCCGCGCGGACUUCCGGUCGCGGCCCGAGUUCCAGUUCGACUGGUUCCUCCGGUCGCUCGACGCGGAGGCCGUGGGCAAGCGCUGCGAGGCGCUCAUGCGCGCGGCGGAGAAGGAGUACGCCGAGCUCGAGCGGCGCCACGAGGCCUACGUCGCCGCCGUCAACGCCCUCGCGGCCGCGCGCCAGGGCGCGCCGCGCGACCCGGAGACCGGAAAGCCGCUGAGCCAGCCCGAGCGCGCGUACUGGCGGCCCAGGAUAGCUCCCUAG